AAUGUCUCUAUUCCUUAAUUUCCACUAGAAAACGGGAUAUCAAGACAAUUUCACACUGUCAUAUGUUCACCUAUUGAACCGAGUUUGUGGGACCCACUUUCGAACCUCCGUCAACUAUAAAAAACAUGCCAGCUUCAGUUUUGCCGACCGUGUUUUUCGAAGUUGCUCUUCAAAUUCUUAUUCCUUUCCCACUUUCUGCUACACUAGACCUAGACGCCGUCGCUGCCUCCGCCCGCCACCUCCGUGACGGAAAGACAAGAAUUUUUUCUUUCAGAAAAGGAGAAAAUAAUUAAUUCGAAUUCAGAUGGCGGCAAUCACAGACGGCGGAUCACAGCCAGUGACAGCGCUUUACGUGGGUGACCUCGACCCGAACCUGACCGAGUCCGAGUUAAAAGAGGUGUUCAGCCAAAAGGGAGACGUGAUUUCGGUUAAAGUUUGCAUGGACCAUACUACUGAGCGGUCACUUGGAUAUGGUUAUGUCAAUUUUAGUAACCCUCAGGAUGCUGAAAGAGCCUUGAAAGAGCUGAACUUCACUAAUCUAAAUGGGAAACCUAUCAGAAUAUCAUAUUCUAAUCGAGACUCGAGCUCUCGUAGAAAUAGUGCUGCAAAUAUAUUUGUUAAGAAUUUGGACAUAGCAAUUGAUAACAAGGUACUGUAUGAGAUAUUUUCUUUAUUUGGGAACGUAGUUUCGUCCAAAGUCGAAACAGAUGUGUCUGGCCAGUCGAAGGGCUAUGGUUUCGUGCAAUAUGAUACUGAGGAAGCUGCACAGAAAGCUAUUGAACAGAAUGGCAUGUUAUUGAAUGGCAAGGAAGUCUAUGUAGGACAUUUUGUUAGCAAGCAAGAAAGAGAGAACAAGACAAAUUUUACCAAUGUCUUUGUAAAGAAUAUGUCUGAAUCAAUAACUGAAGAAGAUAUGAAGAAAAUAUUUGGUGAAUUCGGAUCGAUUACUAGUAUGGUGGUGAUGAGGGAUGAAGAUGGAAAUUCGAAAUGUUUUGGAUUUGUAAACUUUGAGAAUGCUGCGGAUGCUGCUAAAUGUGUUGAAUCUCUUAAUGGUAAGAAAUUUGAUGACAAGGAAUGGUACGUUGGACGAGCCAAAAAGAAAUCAGAGAGGGAACGUGAAUUAAGACUCCAGCUUGAGCAGGCUGAGAAAGAGGCAACUGAAAGAUCGUUAGGAUUAAACAACCUCUAUAUCAAGAAUCUAGAUGAUACCAUUGAUGAUGAUAAGCUUAAGGAUUUGUUUUCUCAAUUUGGUGUUGUAACAUCAUGCAAGGUUACUUGUGAUGCAAAAGGGAUAAGAAAAGGCUCAGGCUUUGUUGCAUUCUCGACUCGUGAAGAGGCUUCUAGAGCAAUCUCCGAAAUGAAUAAGAAGAUGAUUGGUAGCAAACCUCUUUAUGUUGCUAUAGCAGAAAGAAAGGAAGUUAGAACUGCAAGGUUACAGGCUCAAUUCUCUCAGAUGCGGCCGAUUACUCCAGUCACUCCACAUAUGCCGAUGUACACUCCUGGUAGUCCUGGACCACGGCAACAAAUAUACUAUGGACAUGCUGGACCUUCUAUAAUUUCUCCAAUGUUUGUUCCAGGCAUGAGAUCUAUUGGGUCAUUCAUGCCAAAUAUGGUUCAGCCAGGACAGCCAGGAUCGUACCCUGGUGGCAGACGCUCCAGUGUCGACUCUGUACAGCAGAGCCUACAGCCAUUUCCAAUGACGCAGCAACAGGUGAUUUCAAGGGGACGUGCAUAUCGAUAUCCUCUGCCUAAUGUUUCUGUGCAAGGUUUCUCUGGACCAGACAUGCUUUCCCUUCCACGUGACAGAGGCAGCCCUCAACUACGUGAUGCACGGAUUUCUCAGAGCAUUCCAGUUCAAACUUUGGCUUCUGCACUUGCAAAUGCGCCCCCAUCGGAACACAGGAUUAUGUUGGGCGAGAAUUUAUACCCACUUAUCCAACAGUUGGAGCCUGAAUCAGCAGCUAAGGUGACCGGCAUGCUUUUGGAAAUGGACCAAACGGAGGUUUUACACUUGAUGGAGUCGCCAGAGGCGCUUAAAGCCAAGGUUGCAGAGGCUAUGCAGGUCCUGAGGAAUGCGCCUCAGCACGAGGCUAGCAGCCUGGACGAACAGGUCGCAUCAUUGGCAUUGAAUGAAUAAAGGUGGAAUUAUGUACCGUACAUUGUUCAGCUAAACUUUGAUACAGAAGGUGGACUCACCGUGUUGUGAGGAAAUAAUCAUCAUGUGAAUUUCCUUUUCUUUUGAAGCCCCGUGUUGUAUCCAGUUUUUGGAUGUUUUAAGGCGCUGGAAAGUCUUAAAGCCUUUCAAUAAAUUAGACUUUGUUGUGAUUUACAGAAUGCAUAUUAAUAAUUUGCCAUAUAGAUUUAUUACAGUGCUUCUUAUAGCAUU